AUUAGCAGCCCGCGGGUGAGAGUGAAGCAGCGCCGGAGAAUCCUCCGCUGAGGAAGACCUCCAAUACCCGAAGAAUGUCCUUGAAACGUCCACAACGAGAACCGCGGAGCUAACCACGGAAUUUGUCUGACUCUUGGAUGUAACUCCGGAAAGUUUCGAGCGCGUGGCGAACCGUUAAGAGGGACAGGUGUCUGUCGCGUCACUUGACCCGCUUCCCCGCUUCAUCCUCGGCUGUUCGUCUCGGUGCUUCUGUCCAGAACUUGGACUUUGCAGAGCCAUGUUGUGGACGCGGUGGCUCGUCCUGCUUUGCUUCUGGGGCGCUGCUGGAGGCGAGCAGCAGCCGGAGAAGAUGGAGUUCAGCCCGGCUGAUGCCGCCCGAAGGCAGCGCUCCCCUCCGCCGGUGCCGCCGCUGGAUUUUGGGUUCGUGCCCGCGGCAGUCUAUUCCACUCACGCCUACUACGAACCUGGAGGAAUUGGGAUCCUUUUCCACAUGGUCCAUGCUUUUCUCUACCUGGUUCAGCCCAACUCAUUUCCUAAAGAUUUGAUCGUCAAAGUGAUCCAGCAAAACAUGGGCGGCAUCAAGAUUGAAGAAUGGAGAAAGCCCGAAAACGUGGUCCUGCUGCUACAGGGGAUCUACUACGAGGCUGGGUUCCUCCUCUGCUCUACCAUUGGCGUCUUGUUCGUGGUUCUGACUCCCAUUAUCGGUACUUGUUUCUGCGUGUGCCGAUGCUGCGAGAACUGCGGCGGUGAGAUGCACCAGAGACAGAGGAAGAACGCGGACUGUCAACGGGGUUUCUACACCGCUUCACUCGUCGCCACAUCCAUCUUCAUAGCUUUGGGAGUGAUGAUGGCCUACGCUGCCAAUCAUAACGUCAGUGGCCACAUCAAAAACACCCGUCGGCUCAUCAACACCAACAUACGGGAUCUGAAGAUGUUCGCCAACAACACCCCCGCGCAAAUCGAAUUCAUGACCGCUCAGUACACGACGGCCAAGAACAAGUUCCUGUCCGACCUUGACAAUAUCAGCCCUCUGCUGGGGGGAAGGAUCCACAGUCAGCUGGAGAAAGAAGUGGUCACAUCACUGGACGGUGCUCUACGGAUGGCAGGAGCUAAAGUUGAGAGCGCCAUCAAAGCAAUGCGGGAGACCAAGGAGGCGCUGGAGAACGUCAGCUCCUCUCUGCAGGCGCUUCAGGAAGGAACAGCGAAGAUACAAGCCAGUUUAUCUGGAGAACGAGCAUCUUUAUCCAACACGCUUUCAGAUCCGGCCUGCACCAACGGAGCCGUGUCUCCCACCUGCAACGCCAUACGCCUGACCUUGUCCCAACUCAGAAUCAAUGCCGAUUACUCCACGCUCUCUGAUGUGGGUCAUGCCCUGGCAAACGUGGAGACUGUCCUGAGAACGGAUCUCACCAACAUUGUUCAGAAGGGCUACGCUUCCUUCAACGACACGCCCAAACUGGUGAAAGACCAGACCAGGAAUAUUGUCACGGCUCUUCCAAGAGUGAAGAGCAUGCUGGAUAAGAUCGCCACAGACAUAUAUGGCUUUUCUAAAAUGUUCCCCGUGGAGGCGUCAUUGGUGAAUUUCACCAUUUUCCUGAAUGAUGGGCAGAAGAAGAUCGAGUCCUACUAUCCACAGAUGGACCAGAUGGACUUCUACAGGUGGAUUGCGUGUGUGGGCGCGCUCUGCAUGGUUGUCCUCAUCCUGGCCUUUAACAUCCUGGGUCUUCUGUGUGGAACCUGCGGCUUCGACAAACAGGCCACGCCCACGACACGUGGCUGUCUGUCAAACACUGGAGGGAACUUGCUCAUGGCAGGUGUCGGCUUCUCUUUCAUCUUCGGCUGGAUCCUGAUGGUCAUCGUCACUGUUCUGUUUGUUGUCGGUGGAAACGUGGAGAAGCUGGUGUGUGAACCGCUGGCCAACAGACAGCUCUUCAAGAUCAUAGACACGCCGUUUUUAGUCCACCCAGCCAAGAAGAACUUCCUUCCUGGAAUGUUGUUCCAGAAUCCAAACAUCGACUUGACGAUAGGAAGCAUGUACAGGGAGUGCUACGAGAACAACGGCCUCUAUCACGCUCUGCAGCUGGAAACCAUGUUCAACAUCAACGCCUUCCUCAACAGGACUGUGUACAACAAGGACCUGGCCAAAGUGCUGGAGAGCGUGCAGGUGGACCUUCGAGACAUCACGCUGCUGGAACAAGCUGGCAGAGACAACCUGGUCAACUUUGCUAACUCAGGCAUCGGGCUGAUCGAUUAUGAAGCCUACCUGGCUGAGGUGAAUAAGGGGGUCACACUCGUGGACCUGCUGACAUUCUCUGCCGAUCUGGAGAAUCAGGCCGACCAGCUGCCGCGCGGUGCUCUGGAAAAUGCUCUGAAAGGCCACGCCAGCAGCAUCAGACAAAUCCAUAAAGACCUAGUGGUUCCCAUGGAGCAAACAAUGAGAUAUGUCAAAGCCAGGAGCACGCUGAGCCAGAGCAUCAAACUCCUCCAGAGAACGUCCAACGACCUGCCGGUCAAAGUCAACAACAUCCUGAGUGCCAUCGAUGCAGCAGAGUACCUUAUCACGAACAAUGCCACGCAUGUGGUCAAACAGGAAACUAAAGGCUACACACAGAGUUUGGUGGGAUACUUCACACAAUAUACAGACUGGGUUAGACACUCGUUAACAGCGGAGGUGGCUCAGUGUAAACCCAUCAGCAACAUUGUGGACAGCUUUGAGAUCGUAGGCUGCAGCUUCAUAGUGGAUUCACUGAACACCUUCUGGUUCGGCCUGGGAGGCUGCUGCAUCCUUCUCAUCCCGAGCAUCAUCUUCUCCAUCAAACUGGCCAAAUACUACCGAAGGAUGGACACGGAGGACGUCUUCGAGGAUUCCCCCUAUCCAGGAACCCCCACCCUGUUCCCCCGAGCCUCGGCGCCUCUCAACCCUGACUGGUACCCCGAGUCCUGAAUGGACAAGAGAACUGGAACUGAGCUCCUCAUCGUGAUCAACUUCACAUUCUGAAGCAGUGGAAGCUCAUCACAAGGCCGUCCGGACCCCUGGCGAACUCUCCUGCUGAACUACGACCAACUCACUCGUGUGGAACAAAGCAACUCACUCAGGCGUGUUUAGAGCCUAGCUUCAUCUGUAGAUAGUCGAUUUGUACUUUUCAACUCAAGUGUACAGUUUUUACACUUUCAAAACUGUUGAAAGUUUUAUAUAUUUUUAUCCAUGUUUGUUUUAUACCUAGUCCUUGUACUAGUCGUAGUGGAUGUGGAUAUUUGUAAAGUAGCAUUUCGGCUGAAUCUCGGUAGAAGAGUGGACUGUACUGGAGCUAGUUAUGGAGUUGGACUCAAUGAUCUCGAGCAUCGUGGCGAGGAUGAUCCCACCGUCCUGACACCAGGAGUUAGUGUGUGGUGAUUCAGUUUGGCAGGCGGCGGCUUUAAAUGGAAAUGAAUUAUUUAGAUUUGACGGCAUGAAAGCAAAAAAAAAACAAAAAUAUUAAGGACUCAUAAACAAAUGUUUACAUGACUGGCGGUUUCUAUUUUAUUGUGCGAUUAUGAUGUAUUGUUGUGCAGUUCUCAGUUGCUGCAGCAGAUGGUGCUGUUGCAUCCGCUUGACUGAAUCACGGAGCUCAAGAACGUUUCCUCCAAAUAAACAUGUGAUUUCUUCACUUUAA